GUGUGAAAAUCAUUGUUAGCUCAAUAGUACGGCUAUACAGUCAUUAUCAGCCUUCAUCAGUCGGAAUUAUUACGAGAUAAGAGUGUGUGUUGUGCAUCUUAUCUGUUGUAGACACUGCGAUGAAGCAUUUCACAUUGGAGUUUAAUUCUAUAAGCGUUAUUUUGUUCAUCUAUAUCGCAUUUAAGCAGUGCUCGGGCAGAACUCUACCUCUAAAUCUUGACUACAUAAAGGUUAGAGGAGACACUAUAGUCCAAAAUGAAGUCGAGUUACCUCCACAUGGCCCAGGAAGAGUGAAGAGAAACCAUUCUUCUAUCCCCAUCUCGCGGCGAAUCAGUCCUCAUUUCCGGUUGAGCCGGUUGAAUCGUCCUUUCUGGUCAAAUCAACAGAACGACAAAGUUGGACGUUUAAUGCAGUUUCUCCAAGGCAAUUUUCCGCGGAAUCUUAAUAUGGUCAGACAACAAAACAUCAUUGUGCAAAGGAAACAGUCUCCCGAAAAUUCACCGGCCCUUCAAGGGUCUACCACUACAGCACCGGUCAUUCAAGGGUCUAUUACCACAACACCGGCCCCUCAACCGUCUACUACUACAACGAUACCAUCCACUGAAAUCCCUAUCUUUAAAUUGCCGACCACAUUAAUUCCUAUAUUCGCUCUUUCAAUCACUGCUUUUCCUAGACUUAAAUUUCUAGCCAAUAAAGAGCCAACAAAGACCGUUCAAACCACAUCAAAUCAAUUACCAGCAGUUCGGCCGGUGAAUUCAGUCGGUAUGAAUGGAAUCCAAAGAAUUGACAGUUCUAAAAAUGCCACCAAGUUACACAGGGACGUGCCUACACAACACGUGGACACGUCCUUAGUCUCCCCUAGCGGGAGUCUUAUAUUAAGAGUCUUUAAUAAUUACUUAGUGUUUCAUAAAGCUCAAAGAAAAACUACAACACAACCCCCGCUUUCAAUUACUGACAGCAUUGCCACAACUACGGACAACAAAGUCACCAGAACUGACACUACCACAAUAAUAAGCACAGCAGCCACUUCUGCAGAAACAACUUCUACUUUAAAACCGACUAGAACAAUUGUUACACCGAGUGUAGUGGACGGACCUAAACCCCUUGUGAAUAUUGUGCGCAAUGUAAGUGAAGUGUUCUGCAAAAUAUGUGCGACAUUUGGACACCAGUGGAAAGAAUACUGCGAGAAAAAGAACUGUAUGAUUCCACCAAAACCAGUCUCCUUAUAGCAGGAAAUUGGUUUUUAGACAUGUAAUUUUAAUGAAUAUCUUGAUGCAUUAUGUGGACUCAAGUUCCCGUCACUCCUCCGAGCGGUCACGGGGAAUUUCGCUUUAGCUUUAUGUAUUAUCCCAAACGAAAUCCAGCUGUUGCUUUUAUUUAUCCAAAGUAUUGUUAAUUUAUGAAUAAAAUAAAAAAAAUCUUACCAUAAAAAUA